GGCGGCCCCGGCGGCCCAGGCGCGGAGGGGGAGACGGUCCCAAGAUGGCGGCGCUGCAGGCGGAGCGCGGGUACGGGCUGUCCUGCGGCCGCCUCGGCCGCGGCACCCGCGUCUCCGUCUUCCACGUCAAGCUCACGGAGAGCGCCCUGCGCGCCUUCGAGAGCUACCAGGCCUGUAAGGAUGCUGUGACGUCAAAACCAGUGAUCCAGUUUCAAGGAAGCCAAGGGCACAUCGCCAUCCCCAGGCCCGACCGGCCGGCCGAGGUGCGGACCUUCACCUUUUAUCUCUCCAAUAUCGGCAAGGACAGCCCGCAGGGCAGCUUUGACUGCAUCCAGCAGUACGUGUCCAGCAAUGGCAAUAUCCACUUGGAUUGCCUGGGAAGCAUCCAGGAUAAAAUCACCGUGUGUGCCACCGACGAUUCGUACCAGAAGGCGAGGCAGAGCAUGGCGCAGGCCGAGGAGGAGACACGGAGCCGGAGCGCCAUCGUCAUCAAACCUGGGGGSAGAUAUGUCGGCAAAAAGGUUCAGGUGCGUAAACCUGCACCAGGAGCUUCCGAUGCUGUUCCCUCCAGGAAGCGCCCAACGCCCGUCAACCUUGCCAGUGCAAUAAAGAGAGGCAAUAGUGCCAUUUCCCAGAGACCCUUCAAAGAUAGGGUUGUGCACUUACUGGCACUAAAGCCUUAUAAGAAACCCGAACUUAUUCUCAGAUUGCAGAAGGAUGGACUUUCUCAGCAGGACAAGGAUUUGCUGGAUAACCUUYUGCAACAGGUGGCAAAUUUGAGUGCCAAGGACAGCACUUUCACCCUGAAGGAUUGUGUCUACAAGGAGGUGCAGAAGGACUGGCCUGGCUACUCAGAAGGAGAUCAGCAAUUGUUGAAAAGGAUCCUCGUUAGGAAGCUCUGCCAACCCCAGAACAGCAGCGGCUUCCAGGGAGAGACCCCAUCGCUGAGCCCCCCGAAGGACCCCGUCAACUCCAGCUCUCCCCCUCAGAAACGAUCCCAACCUCUGGAGUUCAUCGACCCCCUGGCCAACAAAAAGCCCAGGAUCUCGCAUUUGGCUCACAGAACCCAACCCACAUUYAACGGGAAGCUGAAUUCCUCCAACGGGAAGGACGCCCCGGUCCCUCCUGCCCUUCCCCCGGAGCCCGUGAGCUCCAGCUCAUCCUCCCUGCCCGUGCUGGAGCUGCCCAGAGCCCACGAUCCCCUGGCAGAUGUCAGCAACGAUCUGAGCCACAACGGCAGAGACUGUGAGAGCACGGAGCCUCCCGAGAGACUGAGCCACCCCCUGCCCACAGACUGUGCCCAGAGCAGCAAACACAACUGCGGCUCCUACGUCAAAUCCAAGAAAAAAUCCAAAAAGCACAAAGACAAGGAGAAGGAGAGGAAGGAGAAGAAAGGAGAGGAGAAGUGUAAAGAGGAGAAGCAGAACUGUGAAGUAAUAAAAAAUGCUGAUUUAGUUAGUGUUGCCCAGGAACAGGUCCCAGGUUUAAAUGGAACAUGCAAUAACUCUAGUGUCCCAACAUCAACUUCAGAAAUGCCAGAUUAUUUAUUAAAAUACGCAGCCAUUUCCUCCUCGGAGCAGCGUCAGAGCUACAAGAACGAUUUCAACGCCGAGUACAACGAGUACCGGGAUUUACACGCCCGGAUAGAGCGGAUAACCCGUCGCUUCACCCAGCUGGAUGCCAAACUCAAACAGCUCCUGCAGGGCACCGAGGAGUACAAGGUAGAAAACAAAAAA